AUGGCGAAGGAAGAAGAGGAUGAGAAGAAAGCCAAGAAAGGGAAGAAGGGGAAGAAGGCGCCGGAGCCGGAAAAGCCCAAGCGGAGCCUGAAGGGGACUUCGCGGCUGUUCAUGGGCUUCCGAGACCGCACGCCCAAGAUCUCCAAGAAGGGGCAGUUCCGGAGCGCGUCGGCAUUCUUCUGGGGCCUCCACACCGGACCCCAGAAGACCAAACGCAAGAAGAAGGCGCGCACGGUGCUCAAGUCCACGUCGAAGCUCAUGACGCAGAUGCGCGUGGGCAAGAAGAAGCGCGCCAUGAAGGGCAAGAAGCCGUCCUUCAUGGUGAUCCGCUUCCCUGGCCGGCGCGGCUACGGCCGCCUGCGCCCGCGUGCCCAAUCGCUCAGCAAGGCGUCCACGGCCAUCAACUGGCUCACCAAGAAAUUCCUCAUCAAGAAGGCCGAGGAGUCGGGCAGUGCGCAGGCCACACUGGACGCCUGGAUGGACCGCUCUGGCUCCCGCGUGGGCUCGCGCAAGCUGCCCUUCCCGUCGGGCGCCGAGAUCCUGCAGCCCGGGGGUCGCCUGCGCAGGUUCCCGCGCGCCCACAGCAUCUACGAGUCGGGUGAGCCCGUGGGCUUCCUGCCCUUCGAGGACGAGGCCCCGUUCCGGCACUCAGGCUCCCGCAGGUCGCUGUACGGGCUGGAGGGCUUCCAGGACCUGGGCGAGUACUAUGACUACCACCGCGAGGGUGAUGACUACUACGACCGGCAGUCGCUGUACCAGUAUGAGGAGGAGCCCUACCGGGGCGCCUACAGCCUCCACGGCCCAGCCUGGCCGCCCUAUGACAACCCGCACGGGUACCCGCCCGAGGACCCCUACGACUACUACGGCCCAGACUACUACGGGGGCUCCUUCUACUCCAACUACGGCUACCGCUAUGGCUAUGACGACUACGAGCCCCCCUACGCGGCCCCGUCGGGGUUCGCGUCUCCCUAUGGCUACUACGACGCAUACGCGGGCGAGGCGCAACUGCACGGCUACUACCAGGACCCCUACGCCCCUUCCGACGCGCUUUACCCGCCCUACCCGCCCUACGACCUACCCUACCUGGAUCCCUACGCGCCGCCCUACAGCGUCCCCUACGGUGCCUCCCAUGGAGUCCCCUACGCCGAAGGCAUCUAUGGUGGCGGGGACCAGGCCAUCUACCCGCCCGAGGGGCCCUAUCUUCCGCCGGAGCAGUCGGCCUUCGCGUACCCGUGGGUGCCGCCGCCCAUCCUGUCACCUCACAACCCGUAUGCCCACCCCAUGGAUGACAUCGCGGAGCUGGAGGAGCCCGAGGAGGCGGGCAGCGAGCAGCAGGGCACGUCCUUCCGCCUGCCCAGCUCCGCCUUCUUCGAGCAGCAGGGCAUGGACAAGCCCACCAGGUCCAAGUUGUCCCUCAUCCGCCGGUUCCGCCUCUUCCCGCGGCCCCAAGUGAAGCUGUUUGGGAAGGAGAAGUUGGACGUGCCCCUGCCGCCCUCCCUGGACAUCCCUCUGCCCUUGGCAGACGCGGACGAAGACGAAGAAGAGGAUGAGAUGCCGCCGCUGCCCCCGGUGCCCUACGGCCACCCCUUCUGGGGCUUCCUCACGCCGCGGCAGCGCCGCAUCCAGCGCGCCCUCUCGGCCUUCGGCGCCCCCCGGGGCCUGGGCUUCAGCUCUGACUUCAGACGCCCAGCGCCGCGCCCGGCCACCUCGCUGGCGCGGUUCCUCAAAAAGACCUUGUCGGAAAAGGAGCCCAUCCCGCGGCUGAAGAGCAGCCAGAAGGCCCGGGCGCGAGGCCCGGCGGUCAGAGAGGCGGCCUACAAGCGCUUCGGCUACAAGCUGGCCGGCAUGGACCCCGAGCGGCCCAACACGCCCAUCGUGCUGCGGAGGGCGCAGGCGCGCGCGCGCAACAACAACAACUCCCACCGUCCGCCGUCCCCGCCGCGCGCCCCCAGCCCCGCCCCCAGCCUGCCGCCCGCCCCGGCCCUCGCCCCCGCCGGCCUGCCCCCGGGCCUUCCCCCGCCGGUUUCGCCCUACGGCUCGCUCCGCCGACACCCGCCGCCCUGGGCCGCCCCGGCUCACUUGCCCCUCGCAUCCCAGGCCAGCUGGUGGGCCUUGGCCGAGCCCCCGCCCGUGAGCCCCGAGGGGCCCCCUGACCCUCUGGCCUUCCCCGGACCCCGGCUCUCCUUCAGGGGCUCCCGCCGACGGGACGCGGCCUUCGGCUUCCCCGGGCCCUCGCCCCGGCCCUCGCUGAGGAGCCCGCCCCGCCUGGGGUACCGCUCACCCCUGGGGCCCCGCUCGCCCCUGGGGCCCUUGUCCCCCCAGCCCUCCGUCCGCCGCGGCCCCUUCCGGCCGCCCUUCUCGCCGCCGCCCCGCCGUCCCCGCUCGCUGCGGGAGCCCCUGUCUCCGCGCCGAGCCUCGGGGCGCCCGCGCGCACCCCGGUCGCCGGUGCUGGGCUCCCCGCGGUCGCCCUCGCCGCCCCCUCUGCUGGGCCCCAGCCCACGGAACCGCUCGCUCAACCUGCCCUCGCGCCUCCCGCGCACGUGGCGCAGCCUCAGCGAACCUCCCAUCAGGGCCGUGAAGCCCCGGCCGCGCCAGUCCUACCGCCUGCCGCCCGGCCUUCGGUCUUGGCGGGCGGCUGCCGCUGCCGCUGCCGCUGCCCCUGCCCCUGAGCACCGCGAGAGCCAGCGCGAGCCCGAGGAGUCGGAGACGCUCUGGACAGUGCCCCCGCUGGCCCCCAGCUGGGACGUGGACAUGCCUGACACCCAGCGGCCACCCUCGCCCUGGCCGGGAGGCCCAGGCAGCCUCCGUGGCUUCUCCAGGCAAGCCGCUGUACCCCCAAACCCCUUCCUCCAGCACGUGGGCCCAGGGCUAUCCCCUGCUGCCCAGCCUGAAGAUUCAGCCUCUGACUCAACCGGUAUCCUCCUGGGUACACAUCACGACCCAGGGCCUGGACAGCUGACCAAAUCGGCCAGCCCGAGCCUCAAGAAGCCUGAAGAAGAGGCCUGUCCGGCGGACCCCCAGCCACCAGCAGAGCCUGAACCCCCGACCCUGACACCCCCCAAGGAUUCCCCCUCAGAGCGGAAAGCACUGAGGCCCAGCUUCUCCUACCCGCUGGCCGCCUCUGACCAGAUGAGGGCCACAUGGCCACCAUGGCGCCGCUGGGGGACACUGCCCAGGGCCCCAGCCCCCUUGGCGCCCUCUGGGGCCCCAGGGCCCCUGCCCAAGGCGGGUGAAUGGCUCCAGGCAAGCCCUGGGCGUUUUGCUGUGGUCAUGCCUCGUGUGCAGAAGCUGAGCUCUUUUCAGCGAGCUUGUCCUGCUACCCUGCAGCCUCCCAUCCAGGAGCCAGAGCCCCGGCCCAGGCUGAGAACCUGGAGUCUGCUCUGGUCCCGCCUGUGCCUGCCGGCGGAGGCCCAUCAACCCUGCACACGAGUACACGCUCGCCCCCCGUCCUGCCGCCUGGGCCCUGGAGCUGCCUGCCUGCCCAAUGGGGGCCCCGGGGAAAAGGUCGGCCCCAAAGGCUGGUGGAACAAGAUGCACUCCAUCCGCAACCUGCCGUCCACACGGCUCCGCGAGCAGCGCCGGGAGGACGGCGUGGAGGACAUGACGCAGCUGGAAGACCUCCAGGAGACCACUGUGCUGGCCAACCUCAAGACCAGAUUUGAACGGAACCUCAUCUACACGUACAUCGGCAGCAUCCUGGUGUCGGUGAACCCGUACCGGAUGUUUGGGAUCUACGGGCUGGAGCAGGUGCAGCAGUACAGAGGGCGGGCCCUGGCCGAGAAUUCCCCGCACCUCUUUGCAAUUGCAAAUCUCGCCUUCGCCAAAAUGCUCGAUGCCAAACAGAACCAGUGCAUAAUCAUCAGCGGAGAGAGCGGCUCUGGAAAAACUGAGGCCACGAAGCUGAUCCUGCGCUACCUGGCGGCCAUGAACCAGAAACGGGGCGUCGCACGGCAGAUAAAGAUCCUGGAGGCCACACCCCUCCUGGAGUCCUUCGGUAACGCCAAAACUGUCAGGAAUGACAACUCCAGCCGCUUUGGGAAGUUUGUGGAGAUCUUUCUGGAAGGGAGCGUGAUUUCUGGUGCCAUAACCUCGCAGUACCUGCUCGAGAAAUCCAGGAUCGUGUUUCAGGCCAAAAACGAGAGGAACUACCACAUCUUCUAUGAGCUGCUGGCUGGGCUGCCCGCCCAGCUCCGGCAGGCCUUCAGCCUGCAGGAGGCCGAGACCUACUACUACCUGAACCAGGGUGGGAACUGUGAGAUCUCAGGGAAGAGCGACGCGGACGACUUCCGCCGGCUGCUGGCCGCCAUGGAGGUGCUGGGCUUCAGCGCCGAGGACCAGGACAGCAUCUUCCGCAUCCUGGCCUCCAUCCUGCACCUGGGCAACGUCUACUUUGAGAAGUAUGAGACAGACGCGCAGGAGGUUGCCUCGGUGGUGAGCGCCCGGGAGAUCCAGGCCGUGGCCGAGCUGCUGCAGGUCUCCCCCGAGGGCCUGCAGAAGGCCAUCACCUUCAAAGUGACCGAAACAAUGCGAGAGAAGAUCUUCACUCCCCUGACCGUGGAGAGCGCGGUGGAUGCCAGGGAUGCCAUCGCCAAGGUCCUGUACGCGCUGCUUUUUAGCUGGCUCAUCGCCAGGGUCAACGCGCUGGUAUCCCCGCAGCAGGACGCGCUGUCCAUCGCCAUCCUGGACAUCUAUGGCUUCGAGGACCUGAGCUUCAACAGCUUCGAGCAGCUCUGCAUCAACUAUGCAAACGAGAGCCUCCAGUACCUCUUCAACAAGAUCGUCUUCCAGGAGGAGCAGGAGGAGUACAUCCGCGAGCAGAUGGACUGGCAGGAGAUCACCUUCGCCGACAAUCAGCCCUGCAUCAGCCUCAUCUCGCUGAAGCCCUAUGGCAUCCUGCGCAUCCUCGACGACCAGUGCUGCUUCCCCCAGGCCACAGACCACACGUUUCUGCAGAAGUGCCACUACCACCACGGCGCCAACCCGCUCUACUCCAGACCCAAGAUGCCGCUGCCCGAGUUCACCAUCAAGCACUACGCAGGCAGAGUCACCUACCAGGUGCACAAGUUCCUGGACAAGAACCAUGACCAGGUGCGCCAGGAUGUGCUGGACCUGUUUGUGCGGAGCCGGACACGGGUGGUGGCACACCUCUUCUCCAGCCAUGCCCCGCAGGCUGCCCCUCAGCGCCUGGGCAAGAGCAGCUCCGUCACCCGGCUCUACAAGGCACACACGGUGGCCGCUAAGUUCCAGCAGUCGCUCCUGGAUCUGGUGGAAAAGAUGGAGAGGUGUAACCCCUUGUUCGUCAGGUGCCUGAAGCCCAACCACAAGAAGGAGCCAGGCCUCUUUGAGCCAGAUGUGGUGAUGGCCCAGCUACGCUAUUCGGGGGUGCUGGAGACUGUGCGGAUCCGCAAGGAGGGCUUUCCGGUGCGGCUGCCCUUCCAGGCGUUCAUCGACAGGUACCGCUGUCUAGUGUCCCUCCAGCGCAACCUGCCAGCCAGUGGGGACAUGUGUGUGUCCGUGCUGAGCCGCCUGUGCACGGUCACGCCAAACAUGUACCGCGUCGGCGUCAGCAAGCUGUUCCUGAAGGAGCACCUGCACCAGCUGCUGGAGGGCAUGCGGGAGCACGUCCUGAACCGGGCAGCCCUCACGCUGCAGCGCUGCCUCCGCGGCUUCUUCAUUCAGCGGCGUUUCCGCUCCCUGCGCCGCAAGAUCAUCUUGCUGCAGAGCCGGGCCCGUGGCUACCUGGCCAGGCAGCGGUAUCAGCAGAUGAGGAGGCGUCUGGUGAAGUUCCGGGCCCUGGUGCACACGUGUACAAGCCACCAGCGUCACCUCAAGGAGCUGAGCAAACGACAGGUGGUGGCUGUGGGGCACCUGGAGGUCCCGGGGGAGCUGGCUGGGCUCUUGCGAGCAGUGGCAGGCCUCAGGCCGGGCCAGAUGCCCCGGGUGGCCCCCGUGCGGACUCCCCGGCUUCAGGCUGAGCCCCGGGUCACGCUGCCCCUGGACAUCAACAACUACCCCAUGGCCAAGUUUGUCCGGUGCCACUUCAAGGAACCUGCCUUCGGGAUGCUGGCAGCGCCCCUGCGGACGCCCCUCACACGGCUGCCGGCGGAGCAUCAUGCAGAGGCCGUGGGCAUCUUCAAGCUGAUCCUGCGUUUCAUGGGCGACCCCCAGCUGCACGGAGCCCAGGACCAUGUCUUCGGGAACUACAUCGUGCAGAAAGGGCUGGCGGUGCCCGAGCUGCGGGAUGAGAUCCUGGCGCAGCUGGCCAACCAGGUGUGGCGGAACCCCAGUGCCCACAACGCUGAGCGGGGCUGGCUCCUGCUGGCCGCCUGCCUCAGCGGCUUUGCGCCUUCCCCGCGCCUCGACAAGUACCUGCUCAAGUUUGUGUCUGACUAUGGGCGGAAUGGCUUCCAGGCUGUGUGUCAACAUCGCCUCAUGCAGGCCAUGGGCCAGGCUCAACAGCAGGGCUCUGGCGCUGCCCGCACCUUCCCUCUGACCCAGCUCGAGUGGAAAGCAACCCAGGAGAAGGCCGGAAUGGCGCUGGACGUGGGCUGCUUCAACGGUGACCAGUUCUCCUGCCCGGUGCACUCCUGGAGUACGGGGGAAGAGGUGGCUGGAGACAUUCUGAGGCACAGGGGACUGACCGACGGCUGGCGGGGCUGGACGGUGGCUAGGAAGAAGGGGGUCCAGUGGGCAGAGCUGGCCGGCCACGACUACGUGUUGGACCUGGUGUCGGACCUCGAGCUACUCAGGGAGUUCCCGCGACAGAAAGCCUACUUCAUCGUGGGUGCAGAGGGGCCCACGGCUGGCAGGGGAGGUCCCAGGGUGUUUGGAAACAGCUGGGACUCGGACGAGGACGCGCCCGCUAGGCCCCAGCCCCUGGGGCACGUGCCCGUCGUGGCCAACUCCGAUGGGUACUGCAGCCACAAUGAGGACGGUACAAAUGGGGAGAUUGAGGCCCAGAGAGGGACAGCGACCCACCAAGACUCGGACAGCCUUGGGGAGCCCGCUGUGGCCCACAAAGGACUGGACUGCUACCUGGAUAGCCUCUUCGACCCCGUGCUGUCCUACGGGGACGCGGACCUGGAGAAGCCAACAGCCAUUGCCUACCGCAUGAAAGGGGGAGGCCAGCCUGGUGGAGAUGGCAGUAGCGGCAGCAAAGGCGGCCCCCGGAGACCUCCAGAGCCAAGGCCAAAGCUAAUUCCAGGCCUGGACGCCUCCACGUUGGCCCUGCAGCAGGCCUUCAUCCGCAAGCAGGCUGUGCUGCUGGCCCGGGAGAUGACCCUGCAGGCCAUGGCACUCCAGCAGCAGCCCCUGAGUCCCAGCCCAAGGCCAUCGCCCCCAGAGAAACCCAUAGCGCCAGAGGCCCGGCCGAAGUUCGUAGGCACCGGACUCCCGGCCAAGCCCGUGCUCUUGCGCUGCGCUCCAAAGCCUGUGGCCCCCGCUCCUCUGGUCAAGGCCCCGAGGCCCCCCACCAAGCCCGUGGCCGUCCCCAUUCUAGCUCAGGACCGGGCGCCUCCAGAAUCCACUUCGCCCAGCCUAGAGCUGGUCCGGUCCUCGACCCUCAACUCGGAGCACUUCCCGCAGCCCACGCAGCAGAUCAAGGACAUCGUCAGGCAACACCAGCAGCCGCCCCGGGGAGGCCGGCCCGAAGCCUUCAGGAAGGACGGCGGGAGGGUGUUCGUGAAGCGGCCGGACCCCCACGAGGAGGCCCUGAUGAUCCUGAGGGCGCAGAUGAGCCAUGCAGCGGCAGCACCUGGCACCCAGGUCCCCAGAGAGGCCGUAGCCCUGGUGAAGCCAGUGACCAGCACACCAAGGCCAUCCGUGGGGCCCACUCCAGUGCUGGCCUCACGGUCCCUGGAGCCGGCCGAGGACCCUGUGCAGACGCGGCUGCACCGCCUCCUCAGCCCCGAUUUCUACGGCUACCAGCAUGCCCCCUGGAAGAUCUUCCUGCGCAAAGAGGUGUUCUACCCCAAGGACAGCUACAGCCACCCUGUGCAGCUGGACCUGCUGUUCCGCCAGAUCCUGCACGACACGUUCUCCGAGGCCUGCCUGCGCAUCUCUGCGGAGGAGAGGCUCCAGAUGAAAGCCCUGUUUGCCCAGAACCAGCUGGACACGCAAAGGCCCUUGGUGACGGAGAGUGUGAAGCGGGCCGUGGUCAGCAUUGCACGCGACAGCUGGGAGGUCUAUUUCUCCCGCCUCUUCCCUGCCACGGGCAGCGUAGGCACCGGCGUGCAGAUCCUAGCUGUGUCCCACACGGGCAUCAAACUCCUGCGCAUGGUCAAGGGCAGCCACGAGGCCGGUGGGCCGCUUCGGGUCCUGCGCACGUACAGCUUUGCAGAUAUCCUGUUUGUGACCAUCCCCUCCCAGAACAUGCUGGAGUUCAACUUGGCCAGCGAGAAGGUCAUUCUCUUCUCAGCCCGAGCUCACCAGGUCAAGACCCUGGUGGACGACUUCAUCCUGGAACUGAAGAAGGACUCGGACUACGUGGUCGCUGUGAGGAACUUCCUGCCUGAGGACCCAGCGCUGCUGGCCUUCCACAAGGGUGACAUCAUCCACCUGCAGCCCCUGGAGCCACCUCGGAUGGGCUACAGUGCUGGCUGUGUGGUCGGCAAGAAGGUCGUGUACCUGGAGGAGCUGCGGCGUCGAAGUCCUGACUUCGGUUGGCGAUUUGGGACCAUCCAUGGGCGUGUGGGCCGCUUCCCUUCCGAGCUGGUGCAGCCUGCAGCUGCCCCCGACUUUCUGCAGCUGCCUGCAGAGCCGGGCCGGGGCCGCGCUGCCGCCGUGGCCGCUGCCGUGGCCUCCACUGCCGCGGCCCGGGAGGUGGGCCGCAGGAGGGAGGGUCCCCCAGUCAGGGCUGGCUCCGCGGACCGCGGGGAGGACGGCCUGGCUCUCCCACCGUACACGAUGCUCGAGUUUGCCCAGAAGUAUUUCCGAGACCCUCAGAGGAGACCCCAGGACGGCCUCAGGCCGAAAUCCAAGGAGGGUCGGGAAUCCAGAACCUUGGAGGACAUGCUUUGCUUCACCAAGACCCCGCUCCAGGACUCCCUCAUUGAGCUCAGCGACAGCAGCCUCAACAAGAUGGCCACAGACAUGUUUCUAGCUGUGAUGCGGUUCAUGGGGGACGCCUCGCUGAAGGGUCAGAGUGAACUGGACGUGCUUUGCACCCUCCUGAAGCUGUGCAGGGACCAUGAGGUCUUGCGGGACGAGUGUUACUGCCAAGUUGUGAAGCAGAUCACAGACAACACCAGCACCAAGCAGGACAGCUGCCAGCGAGGCUGGAGGCUGCUGUACAUCGUGGCUGCCUACCGCAGCUGCUCCGAAGUCCUCCAGCCACACCUCGUUCGCUUCCUCCAGGACGUGGGCCGGACCCCAGGCCUGCCCUUCCAGGGGAUCGCCAAGGCCUGUGAGCAGAACCUGCAGAGAACGCUGCGCUUCGGUGGCCGUCUGGAGCUCCCCAGCAGCAUGGAGCUUCGGGCCAUGUUGGCCGGCCGCAGUUCCAAGAGGCAGCUCUUUCUUCUCCCCGGAGGCCUCGAGCGCCAUCUCAAGAUCAAAACGUGCACCGUGGCCCUGGACGUGGUGGAGGAGAUAUGUGCUGAGAUGGCUCUGACCCGCCCCGAGGCCUUUGAUGAGUAUGUCAUCUUUGUUGUCACCAACCGAGGCCAGCACGUGUGCCCGCUCAGCCGCCGCGCCUACAUCCUGGACGUUGCCUCAGAGAUGGAGCAGGUGGAUGGUGGCUACACGCUGUGGUUCCGGCGCGUGCUCUGGGAUCAGCCGCUCAAGUUCGAGAAUGAGCUCUACGUGACCAUGCACUACAACCAGGUGCUGCCCGACUACCUGAAGGGCCUGUUCAGCAGCAUACCGGCCGGCCAGCCCGGCGAGCAGCAGCUGCAGCAGGUGUCCAAGCUGGCCGCACUGCAGCACCGAGCCAGGGACCACUUCUACCUGCCCAGCACGCGCGAGGCCCAGGAGUACAUCCCGGCCCAGCUCUACCGCACUGUGGCCGCCUCGGCGUGGCCCAGCCUGCUCGGCCAGCACCGGCAGCAGAUGCAGGCGCUCAGCCCCCACCAGGCUCGCGCCCAGUUUCUGGGCCUCCUCAGCGCCUCGCCCAUGUUCGGCUCCUCCUUCUUCUUCGUCCAGAGCUGCAGCAACGGCGCGGUGCCCGCCCCCUGCAUCCUUGCGGUCAACCAGAAUGGCCUUAACUUCCUCAGCACCGAGACCCACGAGCUGAUGGUGAAGUUCUCCCUGAAGGAGAUCCAGUCGACGAGGACCCAGCGGCCCACGGCCAGCUCCAGCUACCCGUACGUGGAGAUCGCACUGGGGGAUGUGGCGACCCAGCGCACCAUGCAGCUGCAGCUGGAGCAGGGCCUGGAGCUGUGUCGCGUGGUGGCCGUGCACGUGGAGAACCUGCUCAGUGCCCGUGAGAAGCGGCUCACGCUGCCCCCCAGCGAGAUCACACUGCUCUGACCCAGCCCCCAGCCCCCAGCUGCCCUGUGCCAGGAGGCUUGCUGUGUGGUCCCAGGGGAGUUACUGGGCCAGAACCUUAGGGGAGACCAAGAGGCAGUAGGUGGCAUGGCGCAAGCCCCCAGGAACCUGAGAAGACUGAUCCAGAGUUGGGAUGGAGUUGCAGUGUGCAAACUUGGGUCAGAUGGCAGGAGGGACUUCCAAAGACUGACUAGUGGGGCCUCCUGCCACCUACCACUGUGGCCCUGCCCCGACUCCCCCUGCAGCAGGGAAGCCCCACACCAGUAGCCUAGACCAACUGAACCUGCGUUUGCUUUCCUUGGGGUCUGAUGUUCAAAUCUGCUCCACGUCCCUGCCCCGGCCCCUCACAUGUCCCCCCAUCAGGUGCCCCUGCACUGCUGCUGAGCUUGGGUUCCUGACUCUUGGUCAUUUCUGUGCAAAUAAAAGGUACGCCUGGCA